AGUGCACGGAAGAGGAAGCAGCUGGUGAUGCUGGAACAAACAUGGCCGCCCUUCGGGCCCCCGGCCGCUCGGGCUCCUGCUGCGUCCGGUUGCUCCCGCUGCUGGCGCUGCUGACUGUGCCGGGCCUGGGCCGCGUCCACCAUCUGGCGCUCAAAGAUGACGUGAGGCAUAAAGUUCACCUGAACACCUUCGGCUUCUUCAAGGAUGGGUACAUGGUGGUUAAUGUCAGCAGCCUCUCCGUGAAUGAGCUAGGAGGAGCCACAGAUGACACCAUGAUUGGGUUCAGCCUAGAUCGAACGAAGAAUGAUGGUUUUUCUUCUUAUCUGGAUGAAGACGUGAAUUACUGUAUCCUUAGGAAGAAGUCUCUGUCUGUCAUCCUUCUAGUCCUGGACAUCUCCAAAAGCGAAGUAAAAGUCAGAUCUCCACCAGAAGCUGGUAACCUGUUACCAAAGAUCAUCUUCAGUAAGGUUGAGAAAGUCCUUGGCCAGAGCCAGGAAGUCAACAGCAGCUCGCUCCCCACAGGCAGCCAGUCGCAGAGACCGCAAGAAAGUGAAAAGUCUAAAAGAGCUACUGUGGAUUCAGAGGAAGCAGGAGAGAAAUCAUUUUCAAUUAGUAAUAACGACGGGGCAGUUUCAUUUCAGUUUUUCUUUAACAUCAGCACCAAUGAUCAAGAAGGCCUUUACAGUCUUUAUUUCCACAAAUGCACAAACAGUGACUUGCAAUCCAGUGGCAAGUUUUCAUUCAGCCUUGAUAUUGAGAUCACAGAGAAGAAUCCUGACAGCUACCUCUCAGCUGGGGAAAUCCCUCUCCCCAAAUUAUACAUUUCCAUGGCUUUUUUUUUCUUCCUUUCUGGAACCAUCUGGAUUCACAUCCUUCGAAAACGACGGAAUGAUGUGUUUAAAAUUCACUGGUUGAUGGCGGCCCUCCCUUUCACCAAGUCUCUUUCCUUGGUGUUUCAUGCAAUCGACUACCACUACAUCUCCUCACAGGGCUUUCCGAUUGAAGGCUGGGCUGUUGUGUACUACAUAACACACCUUCUGAAGGGAGCGCUGCUGUUUAUCACCAUCGCGCUCAUUGGCACCGGCUGGGCCUUCAUCAAACACAUUCUGUCCGACAAAGACAAGAAGAUCUUCAUGAUUGUCAUCCCACUCCAGGUGCUGGCAAAUGUGGCUUACAUCAUCAUAGAGUCCACUGAGGAGGGUACGAGUGAGUAUGGCUUGUGGAAGGACUCUCUGUUCCUGGUUGACCUGCUAUGCUGUGGUGCCAUCCUCUUUCCAGUGGUGUGGUCAAUCAGACAUUUACAAGAAGCCUCAGCCACAGAUGGAAAAGCGGCUAUUAACCUAGCAAAGCUGAAGCUUUUCAGACAUUACUACGUCUUGAUCGUAUGCUACAUAUACUUCACCAGGAUCAUUGCAUUUCUUCUUAAAUUUGCUGUUCCAUUUCAGUGGAAGUGGCUCUACCAGCUACUGGAUGAAGCAGCCACACUGGUCUUCUUUGUCUUGACGGGGUAUAAGUUCCGCCCGGCUUCAGAUAAUCCCUACCUACAACUGUCUCAGGAGGAAGAUGACCUGGGAAUGGAAUCUGUAGUGACAACAUCAGGGGUGAUGGAAAAUAUGAAGAAAGUCAAGAAGGUGACCAACGGUGCUGUAGAGCCUCAGGGUGACUGGGAAGGCACUGCGUGACAGAGCCAGCUCUGAGGAUACACUGUCAGAAAACUAACUUACCGUAGUCCCAUUGGUGAGCAAGAAUGUCCCUCCAGAGAACUAUGGUCACAUCUCGACAGUGACACCACAGAGCUCACGGCUGGAGCAAAGUCCAUGGACAUCUCCUCUUCUCUUACACUCUUAGGGAUCCUGGAUCUGUGGCUGGCCACAGGCAGCUGAGACUGUCUCUCAGGUGGAUGGAAGGUGGGCGGAGGAAAGGAGUGAUGUCCUAGAUUUACAUUGUUAAUUGGGAGUCUAGAAUUUGUGCAAUGGAGCCCCUGGUGGCUGCCCUGGUCACGGGGGAUAACAGGUCUACUGCCAGUCAUAGCACAAAGCACUUGCUUUGGGAAGUGGUCAGGUGUCUUAUCAAGAAGGGAAAGGGAGUAUCACUAUGUCUUUGGAGAACCAAAAAAAAAAAAAAAAAAAGAAUAUUUUAGAAAGUAAAGGCAAAACCCAAUAUAGUAUGUGCAGUGCUCAGCCCAGGCUCCUGGCUCCAAGCACUGCCCCAGACUUUAUUCCAGCUCCUGAUAGUGCCUGGGAACUGCCUGGCCAGUGGCCACCUGUGCUUCCUCAAGGGCUCCAUUCUCAGAGAGCUGACAUGUCACUGUCUGACCAUGGCCUGGGGAAUGGGUUUCUCCAGAAGGUGUGUUCUGCGUUGCCUGUGGAAGGGAGAGAAGGAUCUUUGGGCUCCAAAGGUCUUCUAUUGGCUUGCCUGACACCUGCUGUCCUGCCUGCCUGAGCAGUACUGCUUGACCUCUUCUUAUGGCUUGCGUCAUCUUUGUAUGAUCAGAAUCAAGACCAAAAUGGGGAAUUCUUAAAAUUUUCCUUAAGGAACAGCUGGGGGCAAAAAGGUAGCUUAAGCCAAGACUUACAUACAGGCAAAUCAAAUGGGCAUCCUUCAGAGGCCUGCCCUGAGGCCAGGCAGGAGUUCUAAGCAGAGGAAUUAAGUAGUUGGUCCCAGUAUUCCAAGAGUACAUGGGAAGGGAGUAAGUGAUUAGACAGCAGUUCGCUCUCAGAGUGCAUGGUGAGGUUUCACAGAAACUCAGUGUAGGUGCCGCAGACCUUAGACAAAAAUGUUGGUGGCUGCGUUCAAGGAAUAGUGUUGGAGCUGGUGAGUCAUUGUUGUGGAACAAGUUCAGAAGGUCCAGUGUGAGGUAGGGCUUGACAGAAAGCUGCUUAAUGCUAGGGGGUUUUGAGGGAGGCAGGACAGGGAGGCUUGUUUCUAGAGGCUUCAGCCCAGCCCUGGCCCUGGGCUUAUUGACGAAUCAUACAUGCAAGGGAUGACAUCACACUCUAGUACAGAAUUCAGUCAGAAGCCAUGAGUGGGUGAGAGGGCUCUAGAAGUCUUUCCUGUCACCACAUUUGUCACUGUGUCUCCCCCUCCCUCACUACUUCCACAUCUAAGCCAUUGGUGAGGAAGCACCUGCACUCGGUGCCAUCAGGUCCCACCAGUGCCUCCGUGGCAGGAGUUCAGGGGAGCAUCUGUGCACCUGCCAUUUCAGGCAGCCGGGUAGACAAGCCUGAGGGAUUCAUUUAAUGGAAACUUGGUUUGGUUUGGUUUCUUUAUUAGAAAUUAACUUGAGCCAAUUCAGUAGGAAGGAAGGUACAUGGAAGAUUUUUAACACUAUUUCCUGCACAUAAUCACAGUGACAACACUGAGAAAAUGUGCUCACACUGUGACCCUCAGAGGGACCCAGUUGCUGUUUCCGUCAGCAGAUUCUGCUAUUGACCAGGCGCUAGGCUUCUGGCAAGAACGGAGUGUGCUGAAGCCUUCCCUCCAGGAGGGCUCUCGGUGGAGGUGGCCUCAUUCCACAUGCUGGGACUUUAAGGCAAGGUAGUGGGUGUGUGAAAGGUAUGUGGCCAGGACCCAGACCACACCUACCUCUGGGCUCUUGGUAUGACAGCUGAGCAGUGACAGGUGGACACCCAGCCUUCUGGAGCAGGGUGCAUAGGAAUGCAAAGCAGAACCUGAUUCUGCUGUGUAACUGCCUGGAGGUGGGAAGCCAGAGGAAGGAAUGGCAGAAACUUGAGACUGGAAGGGCAAACAUGGUACCUGGGCAGUGACAAGGAGACAGUACUUCAAUUUCCACCCUGUUCUAUAAAUGUGUCUUCUCUGUGUGUCACUUAAAAGCUGUGGCCCAGCUAUGUCCUUAGGUAUGGGUGCCUGAUUGGGACCCAGAGCCAUGUGGUCACACCAGUACAAACACAUUCCUGCAGCCUGAUUUUCACAGGCCCAGGCUCUUCACAGCAGUGUUGGAGAGGUUGCCCCUAUAGUUUCUCAGGGGCUGGGCAAAAGGAUGGGAUGCCCAUCACACAACCACUGGUGUAUUUAUGGCCUGGCUUUUUAUUCUUCCGGUUUAUGCCUGCGUGCGCACAAUGUCCGUGUUUCCUUUGAGCAUCUAUAUUGGCCUGGAAGCGCUGCUGGCUUUGACAUUUAAUAAAGUGUGUAUUUUGCUAGAAAAUUAUUUCUUAGACAAGAACAAGUGUUGAUCUCUUCAUCCUGGCUCUUAACAGUGCCCAAGGACUUGAUCAGCUUGCUUCUUGGUCCUUCCUGCUUUAAAAUUUCUGUAGCAGAGUACUUUAUCACACGACUGGCAAAUUGGCAAUUUAUCUCCUGUGAGAAGCAGCUCACUCCAUGUCAAUGAUGCUUCCUCAGUUCACGGCCUGAGUGGGCUCCCUUUUCUUCCAAGAAGUCACUUCAGAGUAAAAUAAGUGGGUUCCCUUCUCCCCACUCAUGUCCAGUCAACCAAGGCACUGUGGCUUCCUGUCGCUUUAUGAAAUGAAACGUGUGCUCCAUCCCACACUGAGCUCACCAAGAUUACUGUGCUACCUAGUCCCACAGUCUCCCCUCCUGCCUGGUCUGUGGAGCCCACUUGGGCUCUCCCCGAGAAUAUGCAGCGUCUUCUCCCAGCAGCUGGGGGCAGGGCUCAUUUUUUAAGCUGAGGCGAUUUUAUCAGCGUACAAAUGGAUGUCAUGUAUCACUGCUUCUGACCGCAUGGUAGUCCCCCAGCCCCCCCCCCCCCCCCCACACACACACUGCCUGUUUUGCUUUAGAGUUCACUAUAAGACUUAGUGCUUACGGGCUGAGGAAGAGGGUCAGAGAUGCCUUUGACACCACCCCUGGCCACUUCACCUCAUCCUGAAGUGCUGUCAGCAUUCGACAGCCUAGUGAGGUUGCUGGCCCAGCUCCAUGCACCCGGGGGAACAGCCGAGCUGCUGGUGCUUCUGGCUGCCAAGCUGCUGAGGGUGAGGAAGCAGCUCCCUCCUCCAGCCCUGUCUCCACACCACCCCUCCCCGCAGUGCAUCACAGCGUGCCAGCGCACUGGCCUGCUGCUGCAGUUUUUUCCCUUGAGGAUUCAGUAAGUUUAAAGCCCUCCACUAGACUGCCUUACUAUCUCUUGGUUUGUUAAAAAGGAAUUCAUCUAGAAAAUAUGCCCUAAAACCCCUCUUCUCAGGAUAUUCUGACAGUCUUAAAAAGCCACACCCGAGUCCAUGUGGAACCCUUUAUAUCUGGAAUGUGGUUAUUGAUCACAAGCUAAAGUCUCCAAAAUAUCCCUGCUGUGGCACAGUGAGGUUUCUGAGCCUUCGGCAUGGUUUAUGCUUGAAAGACAGAUGGUGCUUUUAGGAGGCUCACUGCCUGGGUGGAAGACCCCCUCCCCCACACAGUGAGGGAGGGGUGAGCUCAGGGGGACCUGGCCUGACUGCAGCACAUUGGUACCCGGUGGGAUCUGAUGGCAGGGAGACUGCAGUUGGGUUUAGGAGAGGAGUUCCCCCACGACAGGAUGCUCAUUUUAAGGCAGAAUUUGAGGCUGUACAGUCAGCAGGGAGCCGGAGUGCUGUCCUUCCAGCAUCUGAGGUGCACCUUGACUCCUUAAGCAACUUCCACACACCACAGACUGCAUGACAAACUGUAUGUGACUGUAGUCGUCACAUGACCCAGAUGUUGUCAGGCUGUAACCCAGCGGGGAAGGGUUGGAAGGGCUGUGCUUGCUGCUUCUGUUCUGCCUAGACCGGGGGCAGGAGAGCCGGUCAGUAUUCUUAGCGCUAACAGUCGAGUAUCGUGUUCAUGGGACGAGUCAAGAUCGGGCGAGGCUGGGCCUGUAUGUGGGCCUCUCACUGCAAUGCAAACGUGUAAUAAAGAUUCUAUGCCGGGAA